UAUAAAAGCUGAGAAGAUCGACCUGGGUAUCACCCUGUUUGGUGCUGUAUACCACCCGGAUUCGCUUAUACUUCAGAAACUCUGAUUCGGGUUUCGUCCUCUACAUACCACCACGAUUAGUUUUUAUACUCGAAGCUCUGAUUCAGGAUCUUCAGUCCAGCGUAGGAGUAUGAUGAGAAAUCUUGCAGUGGGAGUGGUGACAAUCUUGCUUGUCGUGGCUCAGCUACCGUCGGGGCUGACCCUCCCAUCCACGGUACCUGCGUUUCUCUGGUCGUCUCACCAAGAUGGAUUGUUAAACAGCAGAAUGAAGGAAGCUGUAAAUUAUCAAACUCUCUCUUCAAAGGAGUUAGCCAAUUCUGUUAUGUCUGAAGGGGGCUGGUCUAGCUUACUGUGUUCGGGGAAUGAAGCUCAACAGCCUCUGGAUCUUGCACUUCUUUUUGUUGGGAGAGAGUUACAAUCGUCGGAUAUUUUUGGAGCCAAACAUGCAGACUCAGAACUUGUGGACUUUCUCAAGGUCUCUUUUACAAGGGCCAAUUUUUCAUUGGCAUUCCCCUAUAUUGCUGCUUCAGAGAAUGAAGAGGUGAUGGAAAGUAUGUUGAUUUCAGAGUUUACAGAAACUUGUGGGCAUAAUUUUGGUGCCAGUAAAGUUGCUUUCCUGGAGUCCUGUUCUUUAGAGGGAGGAAAUUAUGAAAAACUUGCAGACUUGCACACAGUCAAUGACUAUCUAGUUUCAAGGAUGGAAAACAGACCGAAGGGGCAGGCAGAUCUGGUUGUGGCCUGCCAAGGAAGCUCACAUUCUGAAAGGCAGAUUUUCUCCGAGCUUAUCAAUUCUGUGGAGCAGUCUGGGGCAAGAUAUACGGUUCUCUAUGUUUCAGAUCCAGUUAGGUCAAUUCAGUAUCCUUCUUUUCGGGAGCUAGAAAGGUUUCUUGCAGAAAGUAGCCCGGGAAAUGAAGCAGUCGAUUCGAGGGUUUGUGAUGGAGUUUGCGAGAUAAAAUCAUCACUUUUGGAAGGACUCUUAGUUGGGAUUGUUUUGCUUAUAAUUUUAAUAUCAGGCCUUUGCUGCAUGAUGGGCAUUGACACUCCUACUAGGUUUGAAACCCCCCAAGAUUCUUGAUCCUGAGAUUGUUUUGCACCUGAUAAAUUUUCAAUAAAGAAAUUUCAGGGAUAAGGCACGAGGUUAUGAGGGUAAUGGUUCUUAGAGAUUUGUUCAGUAUUCAUUUCUUACUUGUGUGGUGUAACUUGUUAUUGGUCCAUUAUUAGACUGUUUGUAAUCCCUAAAUACUUGCUUUUGUAAGUUAAAACACAAAUGACAUGGGAUGGGACUGAAAUAUUACUUGAUUAUAUUCUAAAUUGAUAAUGGAUUGUGAUGACUUUUAAAUUGA